AUGACCGUAACCAAUUUACAAUCCAUCGACACAACAUCUGCAUCGGCGUCUUUGGACACAUCCGCGAGGCCCUCUGACCAGGACAAGCCCAUAACAGGGCCCAACUCUUCCACAAAAAAGUCUGCUCGCCGUUGUCCAGUUGAUGGGUGUCAAAGCAAGCCAGCCCCAAUUGUAGGCGAGUGUCGCUACUGUUCAAGCAAAUUCUGCUCCACACACAGACUGCCUGAGAGCCACAUGUGCACUGGGCUCUCAGCAUGCAAGACGUCGUCUAGAAUGCUUCUCUCCGAGCGCUUGCUAAAUGAAAAAUGCGUUGCUGAAAAACUCUAA